UAGUAGGCCGAAACCCAGGGAGUCGAAAAAGACUGACUAUCUGGCCAGGUGCAAACAUCAGCCAUCACCAUCGCCUAGAUAUUUUUUUCCAACUGUCUGCUCUUCGCCCCUUGCUCGGCCUUGACUUGUUUCACCGUUCUCCCUGCCCAGUUCACUAUGACCAGCGUCAGCCCCGUGCAGGACAGCGAUUUCGACCAGUUGCUCGAGUUGGAGGCCAACAAGGAGGCUGCAGAUGGCUGGUCGCAUCGUGCCAGUGGCGAUGGCUUCGAGACGUGGGUGCGCAGGAGAGGCGACGAACGAAUGAAUCUCGUCAAGACAUACUACCACAUCAAAGGUGUUACAAGGGAGCAGUUGUGUGAGCUAAUGUUUGCACCUGCUCUGAGAGUGCGCUUUGACACCACCUUCAAGGAGUAUCGCAUCGUCAAGGACUUCGGGGAUCACAGAAUACUAUAUACACGCUGUCCCAUGACUGUUCCGUUUGUCUCUGAUCGGGAUUUCGUUGUUGCGCAAGUGUGUCGCAGAACUCCCACCGAAGUGUGUGCAAUCAACAAGCAAAUCGACACCGACCUUGCUCCAAAGGUAUCUGGGGUGGUCAGAGCUAAUACACUGUGCGCAAGCUUCAUUAUCCGCGACACAGAAGGCGAUGAAUGCGCAGCAACCAUGUGCCACCUUCUGCAAGCAGAGUACAAGAUGAGUGUACCGGCCAGCGCGAUCAACUCCAGAAUCGCCUCCAUGCCUGCCGCCUUCAUCAAACGAAUCCAGGACUUCAUCACUCAUGUGUACAAAGCCGAAUUGGCAGCGGCCGAAUCCUGAGUCCCAGGAAUGAACAGCUUCGCUCGCCAUAGAAGGAUACGCAAUCAUUCUUCUUACAAGUUGUCAUGCUGACCAACUGUUCUAGGCGUUUUCACUGUUUAAUGGAGAAGACCCCGCAGAGAUGACAAUUUCGUUUUUCUUGCCUGUUUUAGUAAUGGGUUCAACUGUAUCUUUCCUUCGUUCGUUCUUUCUUUGAUAACAAUCCUCGAAAAGAAAAAAUGAGGAAGGGACUACAAGUUACGCUAUAAUGUCCACUAACACCACCAGUUAUUUAGUAAUUGGUAGUUGGUCCUUGGUCCGUUUUCUUUUCUAUAAAUUUAUCCUUGGCUCUCCAUCCGAGUCCUAUCCUCCGAAAGCAAAUACCCGUACUUGCCUAUCGACUGUAGUGAGUUUUGUCACUUUUGUGUAUGUAUCUGCAUUCUAGGUGAUUUACGCCAUGACUGUGUCCGUGAUUCUAGUUUCUACGCCUGGUGCUUUCCUGUACUCUUGUAAGUUCGCACAAUAAAAAUUAUGCUGAUUGCA